GUGAAGGGAAGGAGGGAGGGAACCGGGGAGCGCGGCUAGGGUAGUGGCCGCGCCGAAGUCGGCUCGGGGAGCUGAAGGGAGUGGAGGGACGUCCAAGCAGAACCUGCGGGGGCGGAGGCGGCGGCCGCAGCAGCUGAGCUGGGAGCUGGAACAGGAAGUACCAGGAUUCCCGGAACAGAAAAUGGAGGCAUUGCUUACACCAGUGUUUGAGGGAAAGAGGGGGAGGUGGACUUCCCUGGUAAUACGGGCCACUUGAUUAGCAAAGUAGUAGCUCCUCUUUUUGGGGGAGUUCCCUUCUGUCUGGAUUGUAUUACUGACCGCUUGCUUGCUAGUCUCCAUCUGGCCGGGCCAGGAGGAGUGUGGUGGUGGAGGUGGAGGAGUAUGGUGUGUGGUCAGAAGUGAGAAGAAAUAGUGAGGUCAUCCAGGUGAGGGAGAAGUGUAACUUAAAACCUGUCUCUGCUGCUGUUGGAUUGGGUCACCCCGGUCUAUGGCAUGAAAGUUUUAUUGGGAGGAGAUCUGCUGUAGGAGUCUGAUUGCUUGAGCCAUUGCAGUAGGACUGAAUCUAGUCUCUGCAUGCUUCCUUCCUUGUCCCCAGUCAGGUAGGUGGUGACAGUAUUUGCUGCCAUUCUGUGUUAUGCCUGUUGGGGCAAGUAACUCCACUUCCUGUGACUGACAUGGGACAGUGGAGUGGUAAUUUCACGUUAGACCCAAGGCUGAAUAAUAUGUCUGUAAACGCUCAUUCUAAGAAAGAAAUGGAUCCCUUGAGGUUCAGAAUGAAUCAUUGACCUUGGAUUCAGCUGGGAAAGGCCAUCAUGUAUCAAAUAUUCAGAUGCCUCCUGCCUCCCAGCAUAGAAUUAUUACUUUGCCUAGUCAAAGUUUUUUAUAUAUGUACACCUUGGUUUUCCAAAGAUACUAGAAGCUUUCUGAGUGCAGAAAUUGGAUCUCAUUUCUUGUGUCCCAGAAUGCCUUUGCACACAGUAUGCACUCAUGAUGAAUGCAUAAGUGAAUACAGGGUGUGAAUGGGUAGAACUCAUCGAAUUUUCUAACUAUAGUUAAAGGAAAGGGAAAGAGAUGGCUUGGCUGUCAGGGGGAGUGCCUAGAGAUAACCAAGCAAGGACACAGAGACCCUUGGACUCUAUAAUUAAGAAAUUCUAGUCUCCCUGCCUUCCUGAGAGGCAUAAUACAGUCAUGGAUAAUGGAAGCUAAGUCCUAAAGAGAAAAAUAUUUCUAGAACAUAGAAUCCUUAUUUAUCUGAAAUCCCAGAUCUCCUGCUUCCUGAUUCUGUAGUAAGUGCUCUCCGUUAGACUUAAGCCCCUCAGAGUGUUGUCUUCAAAUUGAGAUUCUGGAGAUAGCAGAGGAAGGGCGAAUAUAUGUAUAUGGUGCCUGGCACAGCAUUGGUGCCAGUGAAUGGUAGCUGCUACUACUGUUAUACUGAAUGCAGUACAAAGGAGAGCAGACACAAGGCUGGGAAGAGUGGAAGUGCAGUCUUAAGUGCACAAAGGGUUAUAUUGUGGUGUGUGUUCAUCUGUGCUAGUCUCUCUUCCACUGGAGUCAGAAUAAGAGGAAAUGGACUCAGAGGACAGUGGGUGGGAUUUGUUAGUCAGAAGGAGGAACUUCUUUAAAACCAGGUUUGCUAAAGCUGGAGUAUGUAACUGAGGAAAAUUAUGGAAUCUGCUUUCCUAAAUAGCUUUAAAAACAGAUGCCAAGAGGCCCAAGACUCAAAGAAUAUCACCAUGUGUGGUUCUCACCAUUUUGGUUGCAGGUGAAUUUAGAGGCAGAAUAGUGUGGGCUUUGGAAUCAGACAAAAUUGGGUUCACAUACUGCCCCUGUAAAUCACUAGUUGCAUGUUUUUGGUGAAAUUACUUACCCUUUCUUAGCUUCAUUUUCAUUGGGUUGUCGUGAGAGUUAAAUGAGAUAUAAUACGUGUAAAGUGCUUAGUAUUGUGUACAUAGUAAGCAUCAAAUAAAUAUUAGAUGCUGAUAACAAUCAUCAUUGUGAUUGUAGUACUAAUAUGAACAUUCAGGGCUGUAUUAAAGGAGUAGGGGCUUACAAAAGAACAACUUGCUGCCUGAGGCCCUGUGUGGAGAGAUGCUUGUUACCAUGACUUUCUGUGCUGGUUGUAGGCUUAUGAGCAGGGAAGUCUUUUUUCAGCAUCAGCCUCACAGAAGCAGCUCCUGCUGCCUGACUGGGAGGUGAAGCUGGAGCCAGGCAGGGGCCCUGAACCAUCAACAUGGAUGUAGGGUGAGGACGUGGGGGCUUGAGAAUAGUGCUCAUGUUAGAAAAGUCAGUGUGACUCUGAGGUAUUGGUUGACUUCUUCAUAAAAGAGCACCCUGAUUGACUUAGGUCAGGGAUUUAGAUUCCUGGGUCCCAUUAUUUUAGGGCUCAAGCAGUAUUUCAGGAUCCUCCAUUUCCUGGGCUACUCUUGCUAUUUAGUUAGAUCUCGUUCAAGUGUGUGCCUCUGAGUAUCUGUUUCAGAAUGUACUGUAUUAGGUCCAGAUUGUGGUAUCUUUGUAAUUCUUCAUCUACUGUACCUUAUUCAGCAUCUGUUGCAGAUAUAGGUAGAAUACUAAUAAAGCUUUUUGAUAAUGAAAAGACACGGGGAGCAUUUAGAAAGAGUCUCACAAAUGUUUGGAUGCUUUGGUAUGUAGUGUGAGAAAGAACUGAGGCAGGGAUUUGACAAAUGUGUUAGAGCUCGGUAACAGACUUCUGCAAAGGAUCUGCUACACCAUAUGGACCAGAAAGGAAAUGCUUCAAGAUUUGAGGGGUCCACCAUUAUCAACAUAUUCCUAAAAACAGUACUUUGGUCUCCAGGGGCUGUUGACCUGGCUCUUUUGCACUAGUCUGGAAUUUGCUGCAAACUGAGAAGAGUAAGGAGAAAAAAAAAAAAACCUGAAGAAGUUUUUGAAAAACCAACUAAACUUCUAUCAAACUCCCGUGCUUUGGCUUGGUCAAGUCCUCCAUACCAGGGACCAGGCCAAAACCAGAUUGCCACUGCCUCCGCUUGGGCCCCGCUGUCCUCAGAAGCAGCUGCUGUGAUCAUGGGAAAUAUCUUUGGAAACCUUCUCAAGAGCCUGAUUGGGAAGAAGGAGAUGCGCAUCCUGAUGGUGGGCCUGGAUGCUGCAGGAAAGACCACCAUCCUGUACAAGCUGAAACUGGGGGAGAUCGUCACCACCAUCCCCACCAUUGGGUUCAAUGUGGAGACAGUGGAAUACAAGAACAUUAGCUUCACAGUUUGGGAUGUUGGUGGCCAGGACAAGAUUCGGCCUCUCUGGAGACAUUACUUCCAGAACACCCAAGGGUUGAUAUUUGUGGUGGACAGCAAUGACCGGGAGCGAGUAAAUGAGGCCCGGGAGGAGCUGAUGAGAAUGCUGGCGGAGGAUGAGCUCCGGGAUGCUGUGCUGCUUGUCUUCGCAAACAAACAGGAUCUGCCUAAUGCUAUGAAUGCUGCUGAGAUCACAGACAAGCUGGGCCUGCAUUCCCUGCGUCACCGCAACUGGUACAUUCAGGCCACCUGUGCCACCAGCGGGGAUGGGCUGUACGAAGGCCUGGACUGGCUGGCCAAUCAGCUCAAAAACAAGAAGUGAGAGCCAGGCAGCCCUAUCCAACUGCCCCACCCAUCCCCGACACACCUGUCUCCCUACCCUUUCCUUCCCAUUGCAAGUGUGGCCAGGGCCCUGGGUAUAAUGUCCGCAUGCCCAGCAAGAGCCUUGCCUCCCGUUGUCUCCCACCCUCUCCCCUCCCCUGUCCGUCGACAUGACCAGUCCAGUUCCCCAAUUGCUGCCCUGAUGAUGAGUCAUUCCAAUUUACUGGAUUUAAAACAAAAACAAGAUUGUUAUGAUUUCGUGGGAUGGCCCCCCUCUCUCUGUCACCUCUUAGGGUUUGGGGGAUGGGGUGGGGCGGGGUAUUCUCUCCGUUUGGCUCUGGUUGCUAUGUUCUUGGCAUCUGAGUCCCUUCCCUGUCCCCCAAGUCCCUCUUCCACUCCCUGCCUUCCCUUUCUUUGUCACCCUCUCCCUGUUCUACAUGGAAAUUGCACGGGCCUCUCUGUGUGUGCGUGCAUGUGUGCGCGUGUAUAUACAUGUAUAGAGAUAUAUAUAUGUGGGGGCCAGGGAGAAGGGUGGAGAGGGUGGAGUGCAGUCAAGGCUUGGAGCUAGGACAGUGCCCACUCUACCUUAUCAUCUGCCUCUUCCAUGUUUCUGAGAUAAAGGGAAGUAGGUGGCAGGGUUUUAGUCAGGCUGGGCUGCCCCUAUCUUGGUUCCUCUCCUCUCUGCAGGUAGGUUUUCCUGGGUGAUAGGACAGAUGAAGGGUUCUCCAUCACCCUCUUUCUUGUACCCCUCUCCCCACUCCACUCAGGGCAGGGAGGUGGCAUUUAUCUCUAGAUGACUGUUCUCAAGGUGAUGCCAUUCUGGUCUGCCUUGUAAGUGGGAAGGAAAGAGAAACCCACUCUCUCUUUUUGGUCCAGGGUGUUCAAGUGAUCCUCCCCCACCAUCCUUAGAUCUGUUCCUCAGAAGCUUGAGGGAGAGGUGGAGGUAGCAAGCCUAUGGUAUGUGUUUGGGACCCAGGGCACUGCGAGGAGGGCCUCAGGUGUACCAUCUUCAUUCUCUUUUACUAUAAGGAGAAGGUGAAGUAUGGACCAGUUCCACUCCUGCCUUCCUGCCCCCCACCCCACCCAACCCUUCUCUUCUGAUCUUGGGGCCUGGGUGGUUCAUCUGUCCAUUAUUAGAAGUUUUAUCACCCUAGCAGUCCUGCUGGCCUGACCAGGGCUGGCUGGGAGGUCUGAUGGGGAGCUGGGGAGUAGGGAUGACAUAGCAGACCUCAGGAUCAACCUCUCUAAUCCCCAGCUCUUCUUUUAGUCUGAGACAUGCUAAAGGAUGAAGAUUUUCUGUGCUGUUCCCAGGCCCUCAGACCAUCCUGCUGUCCUUCCUUGCUCCAUCCCAGCAGCAUUCCCCUGCCCUCCUUGCCCAUUUCCCACAAAUGGUUUGGGGGUUGGAGUUUAAGAAAUAGAAUCCUGAAGUAGUUGGUGGUGCUGGUGGGAUGCGGUGGUCUGCAGGCUCCUCCCCCUGUUAUAUAUAGUCAUUCAGAAGCUGCUGCUACUGCGUCUCUGUGUCUGCAGGUGGUGCUUGUGCCUGUGGUCCUGGCCUGGGUCCUGACCUCUGCAGUUUCUGUGAAGCUGUAGCUGCUCUGUGGGCUCCUGUGUGUGCUGGCUGCGCCCUGAGCUCCAAGACAGCAGUCCAUAACCCUUCUACAGUCAGGGCCCAGGGUCUCCGCACAGUGUGGCUGAAGGACCCUUUCCAGAAGGGCUGUCCUAAACUCCACCUCCAUGGAGCCAGGCUUCCUGCCACCUUCAUCUAAAGCAGGCAGAUCAAUAACCCCCUCACCCACCCCAGAUUGAACUGUGAAGGAGAGGUUCCAGGGGCAUCUCCCUCAGUGCCAGUUAUUUAGUGAUGUGUUACU